GUGCGUUGUGUGCGCGCAUAGCGUGGAGUUCAGACACACACACACACACACCCGCACACCCCUCCCACGCGCGCACACGCACACGCACACACCUCUGCACACCUCCCAGGCACCACACACAAUACACCACGCACACGCGCGUGCACCCGGAGCACAGUACGAAGAGGAAGAAGACGACGACGAAUAACAAGACAGAAGAUAGGGGCCACCAUCCCGGUGUGGGCUUAUAACUGCAGCGUGCGCGCGCGCGGGACACAGCGGCCGUGGUGGACUGGGGAGGGGGGGGGUUGGUGGAGCAAGCGAGGAAGGGUCGGUGUGGGUGGUUGAGAGCUGCUGCUGCUGCCGAGGAGGAGUGGGUGCUGUGUGGUGUGCUGAACCGGGACGGUGCGCGCCUGGAAAGAAGGUCGCUUUAAGGAGCCACCAUGGAUCAGGGCCACGCGAAGGAGGUCGCCGAGGUUGUGUCGUUCUUCAGCGUCGACCCGCAAAAGGGCUUGUCCCUGGAGCAGGUGCGGCGACUCCGCGAGAAGCAUGGACCCAACGAAUUGCCGGCGGAGGAGGGUAAGUCUCUGUGGGACCUGGUGGUGGAACAGUUUGAGGAUUUGCUCGUGAGGAUUCUGCUUCUGGCUGCCUGCAUCUCCUUUGUUCUCGCGUGGUUCGAGGAGGGCGAGGAGACGGUCACCGCAUUCGUGGAGCCGUUCGUCAUCCUGCUCAUCCUCAUCGCCAACGCCAUCGUGGGCGUGUGGCAGGAGCGCAAUGCGGAGAGCGCCAUCGAGGCGCUGAAGGAGUACGAGCCCGAGAUCGCCAAGGUGUACAGGCAGGACCGCCAGGCCGUGCAGAGAAUCAAGGCGCGCGAGCUCGUGCCCGGGGACCUGGUGGAGGUGGCAGUUGGAGACAAGGUCCCGGCUGACAUCCGCCUCUCAGAGAUCAAGUCCACCACGCUGCGCGUCGACCAGUCCAUCCUCACCGGAGAGUCGGUGUCCGUGAUCAAGCACACGGACCCCGUGCCAGACCCACGCGCCGUCAACCAGGACAAGAAGAACAUGCUCUUCUCCGGCACGAACAUCGCGGCCGGCAAGGCCGUCGGCAUAGUGGUGGCGACCGGCGUGAACACCGAAAUCGGCAAGAUCCGCGACCAGAUGGCAGCCACCGAACAGGAGAAGACUCCUCUGCAGCAGAAACUCGACGAGUUCGGGGAGCAGCUCUCCAAGGUCAUCACUCUGAUCUGCAUCGCCGUGUGGAUGAUCAACAUCGGCCACUUCAACGACCCCGUGCACGGCGGCUCGUGGAUCCGCGGCGCCGUCUACUACUUCAAGAUCGCCGUGGCCCUGGCCGUGGCCGCCAUCCCCGAGGGCCUCCCCGCCGUCAUCACCACGUGCCUGGCGCUGGGCACGCGCCGCAUGGCCAAGAAGAACGCCAUCGUGCGCAGCCUGCCCUCCGUCGAGACGCUCGGAUGCACCUCGGUCAUCUGCUCCGACAAGACCGGCACGCUUACCACCAACCAGAUGAGCGUUUGCAGGAUGUUCGUGCUGGACAAGGUUGAAGGAGACUCGUGCUCCCUGGCCGAGUUCCACAUCACGGGGUCCACAUACGCGCCGGAAGGAGACGUGUACAAGAACGAGAGCAAAGUGCGCACAGGGCAGUACGACGGCCUGGUGGAGCUGGCGACCAUCUGCGCGCUCUGCAACGACUCCUCGCUGGACUUCAACGAGGCCAAGGGAAUCUUCGAGAAGGUGGGAGAGGCGACGGAGACGGCGCUCACGUGCCUCGUGGAGAAGAUGAACGUGUUCGACACGGACGUGAACCGACUCACCAAAGUGGAGCGCGCCAACGCGUGCAACAACGUGAUCAAGCAACUGAUGCGCAAGGAAUUCACGCUGGAGUUCUCGCGAGACCGCAAGUCCAUGUCCGUCUACUGCGUCCCCACCAAGCCCACGCGCUCCGCCGUGGGUCCCAAGCUCUUCGUGAAGGGCGCGCCCGAGGGCGUGGUGGACCGCUGCACCCACGUGCGCGUCGGCACCACCAAGGUGCCCAUGACCCCCGGCGUCAAGGACAGGAUCAUGUCGACGAUCCGCGAGUACGGCACGGGCCGCGACACGCUGCGCUGCCUGGCGCUGGCGACACGCGACACCCCGCCACGCCGGGAGGACAUGGUUCUGGAGGACUCCACCAAGUUCGGCAGCUACGAGGCGGAUCUGACGUUCGUGGGCUGCGUGGGGAUGCUGGACCCUCCUCGCAAGGAGGUCAUGGGCUCCAUCAUCCUGUGCAGGGAAGCCGGCAUCAGGGUCAUCAUGAUCACCGGCGACAACAAGGGCACGGCCGUGGCCAUCUGCCGUCGCAUCGGCAUCUUCACGGAGGACGAGGACGUGGAAGGGAAGGCGUACACGGGCCGCGAGUUCGACGACCUGCCCAGCUCCGACAAGGGACCUGCCACCAUGCGUGCACGCUGCUUCGCCCGUGUCGAGCCCUCGCACAAGUCAAAGAUCGUGGAGUACCUGCAGGGAUACGACGAGAUCACCGCCAUGACGGGCGACGGCGUGAAUGACGCACCUGCGCUCAAGAAGGCCGAGAUCGGCAUCGCCAUGGGCUCCGGCACGGCCGUGGCCAAGUCGGCGUCCGAGAUGGUGCUUGCCGACGACAACUUCGCCUCCAUCGUGUCCGCCGUCGAGGAGGGCCGCGCCAUCUACAACAACAUGAAGCAGUUCAUCCGCUACCUCAUCUCCUCCAACGUGGGCGAGGUCGUGUGCAUCUUCCUGACGGCUGCCCUGGGCUUCCCCGAGGCGCUGAUCCCCGUGCAGCUGCUGUGGGUGAACCUGGUGACGGACGGCCUCCCGGCCACCGCCCUCGGCUUCAACCCCCCCGACCUGGACAUCAUGAACAAGCCUCCUCGCAGCCCCAAGGAGGGCCUCAUCAGCGGAUGGCUCUUCUUCAGAUACAUGGCCAUCGGAGGCUAUGUGGGAUGUGCGACAGUGGGAGCAGCCGCCUGGUGGUUCAUGUACGCCGAGGACGGGCCCCACCUCAGCUACUACCAGCUGAGCCACUUCCUGCAGUGCGGCCCGGACAAUCCGGCGUUCCACGACGUUGAGGACUGCGAGAUCUUCGAGUCUCCGGUCCCCAUGACCAUGGCGUUGUCCGUGCUCGUCACCAUCGAGAUGUCCAACGCCCUCAACAGUCUGUCGGAGAACCAGUCCCUGGUGCGCAUGCCGCCAUGGGUGAACCUGUGGCUCCUGGGCUCCAUGCUGCUCUCCAUGUCUCUGCACUUCCUCAUCCUUCACGUGGAACCCCUGCCGAUGGUGUUCCAAGUGAGUCCUCUGGACCUGACGAAAUGGCUCAUGGUGCUGAAGAUAUCCCUCCCCGUCAUCCUCAUCGAUGAAGUUAUGAAGUGCUUCGCACGAAACUACCUGGAGGCCUAACCACCUCCAAAAAACAUCAGUUCGACUCCAGGGAAGGACCGAGGAGUGGAAAACUGAGGCAGGGCGAGGCCAAAUCCCGGAGCCUGGAAUCCGGAGCCUGGAGCCUGGGAAGACACUGGAAGGGGAAGGGGGAGGGUGGGUGGGAGGGAUCAGACUUGCGUCGGUGAUUCCGCCCAUAUUUAUUCAUCAGGGAAAAAGCACAAAACGUACAAUUCGAUACGAAUCACAAAAUAGGUAAUUAUGUAAAAGGGCAGAUUUGUUCAGUUGCUAAAUGGGUAAAAUAUCAUCUCUUCCGGGUUAAUAUUUGCCCAUCAGCAAUUUGAUAUCUAGUUUGCUGGGUUUCAUCAGCAGGGUGUGGGUCUCGUGUAAGAAAAUGCUGAGAAAAGUUAAAGCAUUUUUCAUGCAAAUCUCUCAAACUUCUUUCCUGCCCCCAACCCAACCCCGAUCCCGAACCCUAUAACCACCUCGCACUCUACGCACGGUCAACGUGGGACAAACAGCUACCCCUCUCCCACUGUGACGCCGUGCCAUAUAUUCUUGGCGGGCGACGGUUUAGGGCCCGGAGAGUUUCGCCUUCUCAGUUUCAUGUCCACCGAUGACAUAAAAAAAUAAAAAAAAAAUCCCAUGUUUCUGUUUCUCCUCUUUGAAACAAACCAGACAAUAUUUAUUUAUUUAAAAAUCAUCGCCAGCACCAAACUGAAAUGCUAGAGAAACCACGCAAAAUGGGCAUUUGGUCGCUGCCAAAAAAAUAAAGUUUUUGUUGCGAGAAAUUUUAUUUUUUUUCCGUUUGUUUUAGGCGAGGGGGGAGAGGCUUCUAGUUGACGUCGGGGCGACACGGACCCCCCGGCGUGGCCGAUACCGCGUUCAAACUCCCCGCCAGGAGACCCGAGACGUCUUAAAGCGCGCGAGUGCGAGUGCGUGUGUACGCGUGUGCGCGUGUCCCUCCCGGCUUAUUCAUAAUGGCCGGCUGUCGCUCGUUGUGGACCCACGCUUUGUUCCAUGCUGCUUGCCCUGUAGUUUUUUGCGGUUUAUUUUUUUUGGGAUGAUGAUUUUAAAAAAGGUUUCAUGGAUAAAAAAACUAAAAAGUUAAAUUCACGAACGGUGGAAUUGAUGGUUAAUAAAGAAGUGGAAUGGGAAUGUUAAA